AUGACGUCUGCUCUGGACUCAUUCCUGAACAAAAUGAUCUCAGUCAUCACCGGCGACGGCCGCAACAUCGUGGGCGUCAUGAAGGGAUUCGACCAGACGGUAAACGUGAUUUUGGAGGAUUCGUGUGAAAGGGUGUUCAGCUCUCAACAAGGGAUCGAACAAGUGCCGCUCGGACUGUACAUUAUUCGCGGUGAAAAUGUAGCGGUAAUUGGUGAAAUUGACGAGGACAUUGACAAGAGACUCGACUUAGUCAAUAUCAAAGCUGAACCUUUGCCUCCAAUCUGGACCGCGUGA